CAUUGUAUCCCCCGCCGUUGUUAUAGUUGGCAGCGCCAUUGGCAUAGCCGCCAUUGGCCCCCGCCUGCGAGUAGCCUGGGUUGCGCGACAUGGCGCUUCUAGAGAAGUCAAGGGAUGCCGAUUACUGUGGGCGUCGCGAUUAUAGUCAUAUCCUGCAGACGAGAGCCUGGGGCAUGGUUGGGGUGCAUGUGCUGUGGUUGGUGUCUAUGUAUGUACGUAUGUAUGGAUGGAUGUCACUGCGCAUGUUGCGGAGAGCUCGGGGGUGUCCUUGUGCAUGCCCGAGUCGAGCGGACAGACCUACUCACGACUGCAACGCACGAGACAGUGCCUGGAUGCGGAUGCAGACGUGAAUUUAGUGUAGCAUAGAGCUAGACAGUAAAAGGCAAUAGAAAUGCAGCAGUCUGGUAAGCGUGUCAUACACCUGGCCGCGUCUUUGUCGUUCACUGGGCGGGCUGGUUGGUGGCAGACAUGGAGACGGCGAUA